UACACCUUUGCAGAUAUUACAUGUAACUUGCAACUUCUUGAGGAUAUGGUCUGUAUACUCCUUGCAUCAAUAUCUAUCUCAGCAAGGAAAUUCAGUUUUAGUGUUCAUGUUCUGUUGUUUAUUGCCUGCUUCUAUUAUUUUCUUGGUACUGCAAAAACCUUGGAAGGGAAGGUCUCUGCCCAAUUCACAGGCAAAGUUUCAGGUUGUACCUACUGUUAUUAAUGGUGGAAUAAUGGCUUUGUACUUCAUCUGUUGGGGAAAAGGUCUUUUAUCAUGUGGGCCAUUGAUAGCUCUGCUCUCAGAGUAUGCUGGUGCCGCACUUGGAGUUUUAUCUGCGGUGUUAUACGGACAGAAGGUGCAUGUCUGGAAAAAGGUUGGUGGAUUUGUGGCAAUGUUGGCAGCAUAUUAUUUCUUAUCCAUUGGGUGGGCUACAAAAACAUAUUCACCUUUCUAUAACUUUAGUGAAGAACCAUUGCCUCAAGCAAAACAAAGUUUAGGGCUUAAAGAUAUGUUAGUACCCAUCUCUGCUGGUAUUUUGUCAGCUUUGAGGAGGGUGAUUGCACGACGUGUCUCACUGAAGUCUCAGCUCAAAAGAAGGCUUCAUGCCAUAACUGUUGCUUCAGCUACAUGCUUUCUUUUACCUGUUGCUAUCUGGAACAUUAUUUCAGGUGCUUCUUCAGAGACAAUUAUUACAUUACCGUUGUCAUUCUGGGCAUAUUGGGGCACUAUUUUCUUUGGAAUAAUUUUCUUAUUCUAUAUUGAAAAUAUUGUUGAGGAAAGGUUGCAUUUAGUUUUCUCUUCUCCGAGGCAUUUAAUGGUUGCAGGAGGUGGCAUAAUCCUGAUGGAGAUUAAAUAUGGAAUGGAUUUCUCUUUGCUAGGUUUUCUUAUUUGCUCUUCAAUAUUGGGAUUUGGUAUAUAUGAGGCAACUUCCUUGGAGCGAUACAAAAAAGGUCCUUUAGGUCCUCAUGAAGUUUCAGAUGGAACAUAUUAUGAUCAGCAGCAGAGUUUCCAUCUUCCAAGCUGAGCUCCUACAUAUUAGCCAAAUACUUGGAUGCUUUCUUGAGUCAGGACUCCAAAAAAGAAUUUUACUCUGCGAUGUGGAAGAAAAUGUGAUUACCUUUAUCUCCAAAUCUUCAUCUGAUUUUACAGGUUGCCUUAGUUUGGAUUAUAAUCUGUUCUCGUUUUGUGUAAAGCAAUUGCCUGAUUCACCAUGGGUCAGUGUGAUGCCUGAUUCACCAUGGGUCAGUGUGAUCUUGCAUUUUCAAAGUUUAUUCAGAUGUAUAGCAAUUAUGCUUGCAUGGAAGAAGUUUAUAUGUUCACUAAUUUAGUGUGACAUUGUAAUUACUGAGGAACCAUUUAAGUUGCACAGGUUACUUGGCAUGAAAAGGGUGAAAUUCAAUUCAA